AUGCCGUGUCCCUACUUCGGAGAUGCCGUGUCCCUACUUCGGAGAUGCCGUGUCCCUACUUCGGAGAUGCCGUGUCCCUACUUCGGAGAUGCCGUGUCCCUACUUCGGAGAUGCCGCGUCCCUACUUCGGAGAUGCCGCGUCCCUACUUCGGAGAUGCCGCGUCCCUACUUCGGAGAUGCCGCGUCCCUACUUCGGAGAUGCCGCGUCCCUACUUCGGAGAUGCCGCGUCCCUACUUCGGAGAUGCCGCGUCCCUACUUCGGAGAUGCCGCGUCCCUACUUCGGAGAUGCCGCGUCCCUACUUCGGAGAUGCCGCGUCCCUACUUCGGAGAUGCCGCGUCCCUACUUCGGAGAUGCCGCGUCCCUACUUCGGAGAUGCCGCGUCCCUACUUCGGAGAUGCCGCGUCCCUACUUCGGAGAUGCCGCGUCCCUACUUCGGAGAUGCCGCGUCCCUACUUCGGAGAUGCCGCGUCCCUACUUCGGAGAUGCCGCGUCCCUACUUCGGAGAUGCCGCGUCCCUACUUCGGAGAUGCCGCGUCCCUACUUCGGAGAUGCCGCGUCCCUACUUCGGAGAUGCCGCGUCCCUACUUCGGAGAUGCCGCGUCCCUACUUCGGAGAUGCCGCAUGA